AUGAGUCUCGACUUUAGCUGGUGUUUGCCCGAAGGGAAAACCUUGGAGAAGAACAGAGAGCGAAGCACCUUUAGGUGUCUCCGUGUCUCCUCUCGUGCAUGUGUGCGUGUGUGCGCUUGUGCUUGUAUGGAAUGCGGUGACAAAGCCCAUAACGCCCAUGAGUUGUCAAUUCGGCACGGCCCAACCGCACCACCACAGCAACUGGUCCACCUGUCUGAGUCCUGUCGGAUGGGUUGGGAUGGGCCCCGCAAGCACUCAUUUCUGGCCUUACCCUUCGGGGGACAGAUUCGAAGUCACCUGGUGUCCAAUGGGGCCGUCAAGCCCUUGUUGGGAAUGAUGGAGCGGCGGAGAUGA